GAACAGUGCUGUGUGGUUGUUGCACGCAGAGACAUUGCUGCAGCACACACAGACACACACGCCUUCAGAGAAGCCCCACACUUCUUAGGAACUUCCUCUGGCUUGCUGACUUAUAAGUGAGUGACUUGCAGUGGGUUUGUAGAGGGACCGAAGUUCAGAGUGAAAAGUUGGCGCUGUACAGCUGAAAAUUUACACAAAGAUGGAAAAGACAACAACACCCGAAUAUGAUUAUGAAAGCUCUCCUGGGAUCGAACCAAAACCACCAUGCAGACACGACAGUUCGAACCUCCUGGGAGCUCAGCUAUCUGUCCUCUACUACUUCAUGUUUGCCUUCAGUCUCCUCGGCAACGGGCUGGUCCUGAUCAUCAUCUAUCGGUUCGAGAGGCUGACCACUGUGACCAACAUUUUGCUGCUGAACCUGGUGGCGUCCUCCUUCAUCUUCAUGAGCAGCCUUCCCUUUGUGGCCAUCUACAUGCAGAUGUCUGAAUGGAUUUUCAGCUCAGCUAUGUGCAAGAUCGUCUUCAGUGCCUACUACAUGGGCUUCUACAGCUCAGUUUUCUUUUUAACUCUGCUGACGUUUGACCGACACCUGGCUGUUGUGUAUUCGCUGACUGCUGCUCCUGUGAGGAAUCGAAGUUAUGCAGUCAUUUCCUGUGCGGUGGUGUGGCUGGUGAGUGGUUUGGCUUGCAUCAGGCCAAUGCUCAUCAUCAACAAGUUUAAAUACUUUGACAGCAAGAUAUAUUGUGAAGAGUAUCCCAGUGCCCUCACAAAUAUAGAUGUGAGGAAGCUGAGAAAUGCUGGAUUUUUUAUUCAGCUUUUUGUAUUCCUGAUCCUCCCUCUAGCUGUUAUUAUCUACUGUUACGUCAGGAUCACAAUCACAGUCAUAUCAUCCAAAAUAGCUACUAAAUUCAAGACAGUCAGACUGAUCUUCAUCAUUGUACUGCUGUUUUUUAUCUGCUGGACUCCUUUCAACAUAAUAGAGCUCCUGCAUGGUGAACUCAGAAGCUGUGAGGCUAAACAGAAACUCAGUUACGCUCUUCAGGUCACCCGCAACAUGGCAUACUUUUACUUCUGCAUUAGUCCAAUGUUUUAUACAUUCGUAGGGAGAAAAUUCCAGAACUACUUCAGACAUCUUGUGGUUACUCGUUUCCCAAGCUUGAAGAAGUACAUUUCUGUUGCUGAAAUCAGCAGAAAUAACACAUCUACUAAAGUGACAGGGACUGAGCUUAGCGACGGGAAGGGAAGCUGGAGCUUAUUAAGACAUCAGACAGAUAAUAUGAGAAAUCAACAUGGGAAUGUAUAAGAUGAGUGAUAAAAAAAAAAAAAAGUUUACUAACCUUGGCUGGAAUAAUAUAGUUUUGGUAUGAAUUUGCAAUUCUAGACCUUCUGUAGAUUUUCAUUAAUAACUUCCAGAAAAAAUAAUUAUAUUAAUUCAAAAUUAUCCUAAACAUGCAGCAAUCUGUAAAGAAAUGUAAAGUAAUGUAAUGUGUAAAAUGCCCUUACAAAAUACUUUCAUCAGAGUUGGCCCCUCUGCCUUAUGCUGCUUAUGCAAAAUGCAGCCAACUGCAUGAGCGCUUACGACAACUGGACGGGGAACCUGGAACGAACAAAAUAUUCAGAGAUUUCACAGACACUGGAAGUCCAAGGGUAGCUAACGACAUCAUUGGAGCAUCUACCGCAUAACCCGCCCACCUUCCCAUGAUCCUGCCCGUAUUUACGCCCACAUAGUGAGGAACACAAUGCCCGUGGAGAUACACCCAACUUGGCUAGAACUAGCUAGAGUGAGACUUGAUAAUUUCGAAAGCUUGUCUUUCUGUUGUAGCACAGGUAUUACUUACCUUCAAAGUGAAAAGGCACGUUUUUACUCAGUGUAGCACUGAUUCAUAAUGAAACCAGAAUCAGUCCGUGUGUGGGUUAUCACCUGGUACUUCAGCCCCACAGUCCAAAAACUUUGCUGUUGGGUUAACUGGGCCCUAAGUUGUAGGAAGAAGCUCUUUCUUCCUAAAAAUCACCUAAAGGUAUUUCAGAAGAAUGUAUUAAAGUCUGAGUAAACCAAAUUGUAACUUAUUUACAAAAAAUAAGUUUAGCAUGAAAACAGCAGCACACUACUUAAAGAAUACCAUAGCAUCUUGUUCUGGGGUUACCUUCUCUCCGAGGUUGCUAAACAUUUUGCCAAAGUGGAUAAAAUCAUGACCAGUUAUAUUUGUAAUAUUUGUCAGUUUUAACCUAAAUUUGUCAGAAGAUUUUAAUGUCAGCAUAACCAUCUAAGAAGCCGUAUCAAGAAGAGUUUCACAAGAAGGAAUGUAAAGUUUGUAUUCAUGUCUUUCCCUCUGAUAGAUUUGUUUUUCAGUUUAUUUGUUUAGGAUAAAUUUCACAUUAGAAGUUGUGGCCUGUUUACAUUUUCUAUGUAUUUAGACAACUUGCCAAUCAUGGAGGAACAACUUCUGUUCAACUGUAGAGUCCAGUUCAUGUUGGACUGUAGAAAAAAACAUGUUUGAUGUUUAUUUUUGGCUCGCUCGUUGCAGUUCUACUCCUAAACAGUAGGAGUCACCAUUGACACAGCACAGGGAUUCGUUCUCAAAUCAAAAUGUCAACGUUCACCGGAACAAAUCAUUGCCAACCUUUAAAAGCGGAUGACUCAAGAGAUGAUUUAGAAACUGUCACUUAAAAUUUCACCUGCUGUACCGAUACUGGUAUGAGUUGAUGAACAUUAACAUCCCGGAUGUACAUAUGUAAAUAGAUCUGUAAAUACUUUGCGAUUCUAGUUUCUUUUCAAGUGUUUUGGGUUGAUCUGACUGAAAUGACUGUAGAGAUCUCUUUAUUAAACUGAUCUUGACUUUGCUGUUUGGUAACCAGGAUCCAUUUAGAAUCUAUAUAUUUGACGUCUCUGAUUUGAUUGACUUUUUUGUUUCAUUUGUAAAGCGCUUUGACACGUGAAUUGGGGCUAAAUCUGUAAGUAGUUUGUGAUUGUAGUUGUAGAUCUUUUUUUUACACUGAAUAUGAUGACUCAGUUGUAGUUCAACAUUCAACAGUUCAGCAUUAAGUUCAAUCUUUUACACAUUUGUAGUGUUAUGGAUUAUAAUGUGUUGUUUGUUAUUGUUUGUUUUAGCUUGUGUUUUUGUGUGUAAAAAUCUGCUGUAUUUCCAAAAACCAUUAUUUUGUUGUCACUUGCCAGCCAGUUUGGAUUUUGUACUUAAAGUUGAUUGUUUUGUGCUGAGGAAUAAAAAACAAUUCAAAAAUA